AGCUGUGCGGAGCGCUCGGCUCGGCGCGGCCGCCGCGGGAGCAUCCUCCGCCGUCGCCCGUCCCCGGCGCGCCGAGCAGCAUCCCAUCGCCCCGGGCAGAUGUUGGGGAGAAGAGGGGACACGCAGAGCCGCUAAGGGCGGGCCGCCCCCCGGGUGUGGGCCAGCACCGGCAGCUGGGGCCGCCCCGCCGCCGCCUCCCUGCCCGCGGCUGGGGCGGCUCGGGCCCCCGAAGGCACGGCGAGGAGGAGCUACGGAGCCCUCAGACAGCAGGGCAGGACGAGGGGGGCGGCCUGGCCCCGGCGGGGGAAGAGGCAGUGGCUCGCCCGGCCAUGCCACCCCGGCGCUGAAGCUGCCCCGCCGCAUCCCCCAGUCCCCCUACCCCACCAUGGCCGCGCCACUCUAGGCGUCCCACCGGCUCGCCCCGCGUCGCCCCGGCUCCCCCGGGGCCGCCAACCGGAGGAUGGACGAAGAUGGACCGCGAGCGGCCGAGGAGGAUCCGGAGCCGGGCAGAGUCAAGACUUUCAUCCGCCUUAAUGACCUGUCCGGAGCCGGGGGCCACCCGGGGCCGGGGGACAGGGAGGCGGGCAGCGGCGACUCGGAGGAGGAGGCGCUGCCCUACCCGGCGCUGGCCCCCGUCGUCUUUUUCUACCUGAGCCAGGAGAGCCGGCCGCGGAGCUGGUGCCUCCGGUUGGUCUGUAACCCAUGGUUUGAGAGGGUCAGCAUGCUGGUAAUUCUGCUCAACUGUGUGACGCUGGGCAUGUUCCACCCCUGCGAGGAUAUUGCCUGCGACUCGCCGCGCUGCAGGAUCCUCCAGAGCUUUGAUGACUUCAUCUUUGCCUUCUUUGCUGUGGAAAUGAUCGUCAAAAUGAUUGCACUGGGGAUUUUUGGGAAGAAAUGCUACCUGGGAGACACAUGGAACCGCCUGGACUUCUUCAUCGUCAUUGCAGGGAUGCUGGAGUAUUCCCUGGACCUGCAGAAUGUCAGCUUCUCAGCCGUCCGCACUGUUCGAGUCCUGCGCCCACUCAGGGCCAUUAACAGGGUCCCAAGUAUGCGCAUCCUGGUGACACUGCUUUUGGACACGCUGCCCAUGCUGGGGAACGUCCUCCUCCUCUGUUUCUUUGUCUUCUUCAUCUUCGGCAUUGUGGGAGUCCAGCUGUGGGCAGGUUUACUCAGGAACCGCUGCUUCCUCCCUGAGAACUUCAGCAUCCCCUACACGGUUGAUUUGGAACGGUACUACCAGACAGAGAAUGAAGAUGAAAAUCCCUUCAUCUGCUCCCAGCCCCGGGAGAAUGGGAUGCGCUACUGUCGGAGUAUCCCAACACGGAGGGAAGAGGGUCUGGAGUGCACUCUCGAUUAUUAUUCCUACAAUGACACCACCAACACAUCUUGUGUGAACUGGAACCAGUACUACACCAACUGCUCUGCUGGGGAGCACAACCCCUUCAAGGGAGCCAUCAACUUUGAUAACAUUGGCUAUGCCUGGAUUGCGAUAUUUCAGGUCAUCACGUUGGAAGGCUGGGUGGACAUAAUGUACUUUGUCAUGGAUGCACACUCCUUCUACAACUUCAUCUACUUCAUCCUCCUGAUCAUUGUGGGCUCCUUCUUCAUGAUCAACCUGUGCCUGGUAGUGAUAGCGACACAGUUCUCUGAGACGAAGCAGCGCGAGAGCCAGCUGAUGAAGGAGCAGCGCGUGCGCUACCUGUCCAACGCCAGCACCCUUGCCAGUUUCUCAGAGCCAGGAAGCUGCUAUGAUGAGCUCCUCAAGUACCUGGUUUAUAUUGUCCGGAAGGGCAGCAAGCAGCUGGUGAAGGCCUACAGGGCAGCAGGCGUGAAAAUGGGCUUCCUCAGCAGCCCCACUAGCAAGGCGAGGGCGGAGCGGCACAGCCGGAAGUGCCGGCGCAGGAAGAGAUCCUCUGUGCACCACCUCAUCCACCACCACCAUCACCACCACCACCACUACCACCUAGGCAACGGGAACCUGCGAGCGCCCCGUGCCAGCCCGGAGAUCAGCGAUGUGGAGACCAGCUCGCUCCACAACGGGACCAACCGGCUGAUGCUCCCUCCCUCAGCACCCAAUUCCCUGGGGGCCCCCAGUGCCUCUCCCAGCAACACUGAGUCCGUGCACAGCAUUUACCAUGCUGACUGUCACUUUGAGCCGGUGCGCUGCCGGUCAUCCCUGACACAGCCAAGCCUUGGCUUGCCAAGCCAAGAAGGGAUCCCCAAGAACAUAGUGGGCAGCAAGGUGUACCCCACAGUGCAUUCCAGCACCUCCCAUGAGAUGCUGAAAGAGAAGAACCUGGGGGAAGCGGCGGUGAGUGCUGGGAGCAGCACCUUGACAAGCCUCAACAUCCCGCCCGGGCCAUACAGCACCAUGCACAAGCUGCUGGAGACACAGAGCACAGGGUUCUUCUCAGUCCAUGUUACAGAGAAAGGCGAUGGCUUUCAUGGUCCCUGCCAAAGCUCUUGCAAGAUUUCCAGCCCCUGCACCAAGCUGGAUGCUGGCUCAUGCAGCCCCGAGAGCUGCCCUUACUGCCUCACAGCGCUGGCGGGCGAGGCCGAGCUGUCGGACAAUGAGACAGCCGACUCAGACAGUGAAGGGGUCUACGAGUUCACACAGGAUGCCCACUACAGUGACCAGCGGGACCCACAAAGGGGCAGAGCCCGGGCCAGGAGAGCCCAUCUGGUGCUAGCCUUCUGGCAUGUGGUGUGUGAGACUUUCCAGAAGAUCGUGGACAGCAAAUAUUUUGGCCGUGGGAUCAUGGUGGCCAUUCUCAUUAACACACUCAGCAUGGGGAUCGAGUACCAUGAGCAGCCGGAGGAACUUACCAAUGCUCUGGAGAUCAGCAAUAUUGUCUUCACAAGCCUCUUUGCCCUGGAGAUGCUGUUGAAAGUCCUUGUUUAUGGUCCUUUUGGCUACAUAAAGAAUCCAUACAACAUCUUUGAUGGGAUCAUUGUGGUGAUUAGUGUGUGGGAGAUUGUGGGCCAGCAGGGCGGGGGGCUCUCGGUCCUGCGCACCUUUCGUCUCAUGCGGGUGUUGAAGCUGGUCCGCUUCAUGCCAGCCCUGCAACGCCAGCUCGUCGUCCUCAUGAAGACCAUGGACAAUGUGGCCACCUUCUGCAUGUUGCUGAUGCUCUUCAUCUUCAUCUUUAGCAUCCUGGGCAUGCACCUCUUUGGCUGUAAGUUUGCAUCAGAGCGGGAUGGUGACACUCUGCCCGACAGGAAGAACUUUGACUCCUUGCUUUGGGCCAUUGUCACUGUUUUCCAGAUUUUGACGCAGGAAGACUGGAACAAGGUCCUUUAUAAUGGCAUGGCCUCCACCUCAUCCUGGGCUGCUCUCUACUUCAUCGCUCUUAUGACAUUUGGGAACUACGUUCUCUUUAAUCUGCUGGUGGCCAUCCUGGUAGAGGGUUUCCAGACAGAGGGUGAUGCUUCCAAGUCUGAUUCCGAGGGGGAUCUCUUCCCCCACAGCCUGGAAGAGGAGGGAGAACUUAAGAAAAACUUGUCAAAUCCAGCCUUGACGGCCCUGAGCUGCCACCCGGAGCUGAAGAAGAGCCUGACGCCGCCGCUCAUCAUCCAUACGGCCGCCACGCCCAUGCCCAUGCCCAAGAGUGCCGUGUUCGGGGACGCGGCGCAGGGUUACGAGUCCCGCCGGGCCAGCGGCGUCUCCAUAGAUCCUGUUGCCGCCCAUGAGCUCAAGUCCCCGCCCAGCACCCGCAGCUCCCCGCACAGUCCCUGGCGUGCCAGCAGCUCCUGGAACAGCCGCCGCUCCAGCUGGAACAGCAUCGGCCGGGCCCCCAGCCUCAAGCGCCGGGGGCAGAGUGGCGAGCGCAGGUCCCUCCUGUCCGGAGAGGGGAAGGAGAGCUCCGAGGAAGGGGACAGCUCUGAUGAGGAGCAUUCCAGCCGGGCCGGCAGUUUCAAUGGCUCUUUGCCUCAUCGCAUGGAGUCGCUGGAAACUAAAGGGUCCUUUGACCUCCAAGAUACUCUGCAGGUGCCUUCCCUGUAUCGGACCAGCAGUAUGCACAGCACCAGAACGUCUGUCUCCGAGCACCAGGACUGCAAUGGGAGGACCUCUCCAGGUCUGCUGCUGCACCAGCUCCACCUGGAUGAGCCCCACCAGGAUGGCGAUGAUGGUGAUGAUGAAGGUAGCAUGAGCAAAAGGGACCGCAUGAAGGCCUGGGUACGGGCACGGCUCCCCACCUGCUGCAGAGAGAGGGACUCCUGGUCCAUCUACAUCUUCGCCCCUCACUCCAGGUUCCGUCUGAUGUGCAAUAAAAUCAUCACUCACAAGAUGUUCGAUCACGUUGUCUUGGUGAUCAUUUUCCUGAACUGCAUUACCAUUGCCAUGGAACGACCCAAAAUUGAGCCUCACAGCGCUGAACGGAUUUUCCUAACACUCUCCAAUUACAUCUUUACAGUCAUCUUCCUGACUGAGAUGACAGUCAAGGUGGUGGCACUAGGCUUGUGUUUUGGGGAGAAAGCCUACUUGAAGAGCAGCUGGAAUGUGCUGGAUGGGGUGCUGGUGCUCAUCUCCGUCAUCGACAUCCUGGUCUCGAUGGUGUCAGACAGCGGCACGAAAAUCCUGGGGAUGCUGCGGGUUCUGAGGCUGCUGAGGACACUGCGGCCCUUGAGAGUCAUUAGUCGAGCCCAAGGACUGAAGCUGGUGGUGGAGACUCUCAUGUCAUCCUUGAAACCUAUUGGGAACAUUGUGGUCAUCUGCUGUGCCUUUUUCAUAAUCUUUGGGAUCUUGGGAGUUCAGCUUUUCAAAGGCAAGUUUUUUGUGUGCCAGGGGGAAGACACCAGAAACAUCACAAAUAAAUCAGAUUGCACAGAAGCAAGCUACAAAUGGGUCCGGCACAAGUAUAAUUUUGAUAAUCUCGGCCAGGCCCUGAUGUCUCUCUUUGUCCUGGCCUCCAAGGAUGGGUGGGUGGAUAUCAUGUACGAUGGCUUGGAUGCUGUGGGAGUUGACCAGCAGCCAGUCAUGAACUACAAUCCAUGGAUGCUCCUCUACUUCAUUUCCUUCUUGCUGAUUGUGGCCUUCUUCGUCCUCAACAUGUUUGUGGGAGUGGUGGUGGAGAAUUUCCACAAGUGUCGGCAGCACCAGGAGGAGGAAGAAGCCAAGAGGCGGGAGGAAAAAAGGCUUCGCCGGCUGGAGAAAAAGAGAAGGAGUAAGGAGAAACAGAUGGCUGAUCUAAUGCUGGAUGAUAUAUUAAUGGAGAGCUCAGCCAGUGCAGUGCAAGAAGCUCAGUGUAAACCCUACUACUCGGAUUACUCCCGUUUCCGCCUCCUGAUUCACCAGAUGUGCACCAGCCACUACUUGGAUCUGUUCAUCACUGGUGUCAUCGGCCUCAAUGUCAUCACCAUGGCCAUGGAGCACUACCAGCAGCCCAAGGUUCUUGAUGAAGCCCUGAAGAUUUGCAAUUACAUCUUCACCAUUAUCUUUGUCAUGGAAUCUGUUUUCAAGCUUAUUGCCUUUGGGUUUCGCCGCUUCUUCCAAGACAGAUGGAACCAAUUAGAUCUGGCAAUUGUGCUGCUGUCUAUCAUGGGCAUCACUUUGGAAGAGAUCGAGGUGAAUGCUUCACUACCAAUUAACCCCACAAUUAUCCGGAUCAUGAGGGUUCUCAGAAUCGCCCGAGUGCUGAAGUUGCUGAAGAUGGCUGUGGGGAUGAGGGCCCUCCUGGACACCGUGAUGCAAGCGCUACCGCAGGUGGGGAAUCUGGGCCUUCUCUUCAUGUUGUUGUUUUUCAUAUUUGCAGCUCUUGGAGUGGAGCUGUUUGGAGACCUUGAGUGUGAUGACACACACCCCUGCGAGGGGCUGGGACGGCACGCCACAUUCAGGAACUUUGGGAUGGCCUUCCUGACCCUCUUCCGAGUAUCCACAGGAGACAACUGGAAUGGGAUCAUGAAGGACACACUGCGUGACUGUGACCAGGAGUCCACCUGUUACAACACCGUCAUUUCCCCCAUCUACUUCGUCUCCUUUGUGCUGACAGCCCAGUUUGUCCUGGUGAAUGUGGUGAUUGCGGUGCUCAUGAAGCACUUGGAGGAGAGCAACAAGGAGGCAAAGGAGGAGGCAGAGCUUGAAGCAGAACUGGAGAUGGAGAUGAAGACCAUCAGCCCUGGCCAGCACAGACCCUCAGACAUCUUUGCGUGGACAGGCACCACCAGUGGAGAGAGACCCGAGAGCCCCCGUGGAUUUACCAAUCCCAUGCAAAUCAAGGAAAGGCACUUGUUUGAUACCAUAUCACUGCUGAUCCAGGAAUCUCUGGAAGGAGAGCUGAAGCUGAUGGACAACCUGUCAGGCUCUGUGUGCCAUCAUUAUGCCCUCCCAGCUCCCGAAUAUUACAACUCUGAGAACCAGGCUGAUCUCCGCUCCAAGGACGACAGGCUGACCCUAUCCCCCAGCAAGGACCUGCUAAGUGUGAGGAAGCCCUCGGUGGGACGCACCCACUCCUUGCCAAAUGACAGCUACAUGUUCCAGCCACCCUACUCCAGCCCCUGCCCUGCCUCCCUGGGCGACAGGAAACCGGCACAUCACAAGUCCCAGUCAGGUUCAAAGGCAUCGGUGCAGUCGCAGCCAGCAGACACCAGCUCUCUCCUGCAAAUCCCAAAGGAUCAUUUCCACCAUGUAAGAGCUCAUGACCAUUUGGUGGGGGAGAACAAGCCCCAGGUCUCCCAGCAGGCACACUCUCCUUCUGCUGAAAGGAUGCUCCGCAGACAGAUGGCUAUAAGGAAUGACUCUCUGGAUAGCAAGGAGAAUCUCCACACUGAGGUGAGUGAACUCUCUGACCCAAAUGUUCCCACUGUGCCCAAGGAGGAGUCACCAGUGGCUCUGAUGCCCUCAGAAGUGAAUGAGUUGGCUGCCUGGAGUCGGGUGAGCGUCCAUACGCAGCAGCAUUCCCACAAUCAGUAUAAUAUUUCAAAGCAGGCACCAGCAUCCUGUGCUUGUGCAGACUCGUAUCAGGAGACCCCUGAAGAUUCAGUGGACCAAGAAGUAUCUGAAAUAAACAGCUCCUCCGAGCCUUUCACUUCAGAAACUUGCACAGCCUUGAGUGCCUGUUCGGAGGGUCAGCCUCUCACACCUAAGAGAAACGUGGGCAAUACCGGCAACGUGAUACUGAAGGACCUGAAGAAAUAUCACAGUGUAGACACCCAGGGUCUGCUAAAAAAACCACCCUCUUGGUUAGAUGAUCAAAGGAGACAUUCAAUAGAGAUUUGUUCCAUGGAAAACAGCCCUCAGCACCAUUCCACGUCCAGCUCCUCUGGCUUUAUAAGUCAGGUGGUCAGUGAAAUGGAAUGCUUGCAAGGUACACGGCAGAAGAAGAAACUGAGCCCUCCUUGUAUAUCUAUAGAUCCACCUGAUGGUCAGAGCUUGGUACCUAGGGGACCCCACAGCAUCGCACCUGCCAGUGGAGACGUUUGCUUGAGGAGGCGUGCUCCAUCUUGUGAGUCCAAGGAUUCGGUGGAUAUAGGGGAUUCACUGCUUCCAGACACUAUGUCAACAUCUCCUACCCCAAAGAAAGACUUGUUGACACUUCCUAGCUUUUCCUUUGAUCAAACAGAAUUGGACCCCUGAGUUACUUUUCUGUUGGUGCCAAAUGUCUUCUUCCUUUCAUGUAAUAGAAAAAAAAAUUAAAAACUCUGUACUCCAAAAUGGCCCUGGGUAACAAAUUUCCAAAGAAAGACUGAAGAACCAGCUGGUUAAAAGAGUGGUUAACCUAUAUCACGCUUACUUAAGCAUAUGUUCUGCUUAGGUAAAAGCAAUACAAUGUGCAGAAUCUAUAUGUAUAUUAUAUUUUAUUAAAUUAAUUGAAUCUAGUAUCACGGGACGUAGUACAUUUUGUGACUAAAGACUCAUUGAAUUUUCUUCUAUUUUAUGUAUCUUGGAAUAUUUCUGAGAUAAAGUUGGUUUUUAUGAAUAUUUUAACCUAAAAAGUAUAUAUUUAAUCCCUUCUCUUUUUUUUUUUUUGUUUUGUUUUGUUUUGUUUUGUUUGGGUUUCAUUUUGUUUCGCAAAGCACAAAAUGUAGCCAAUUAGUGCAUUACAGAGGAAAUGUAUCCCACAGUCAGCAGUAAAUAAGGAUUAUUUAAUGUAAUAUAUUUUUCCCCUUGAACUUCAAUGAUAUUCUGGGAAAACAAUUGUUUGUGUGAUACAGAAAUGCAGUUGCAAUUUUUAAACAAAAUAUUCCAAUCUUGCAUAAAAUUGACAUUCAGAGUAUGAAAGCAAGUGCUCAGACACAGGAAGAUCCAACAUGCUGAUGUCAGAAGAUGAUGAAGGCAGAGCCAUUUAGCAGUACAAGAUAUUGAAUUAUGAGAGGAUCAUAGAGGAUGUUAUAGAUCAUCCACUGGCAACUCACAAAAUCAUGUCAAUGGUUGAUUUCCAUGCAUUCCCAGGAAACAGACAACAGAGGCCUGUGGUUACGUCCGAGAUGUUUUUGCAGUGUCUCCAAAAUGGACUUUUUAUUUUGCUGAGUUUUACACCUCCCUCAUCCCUCUGUUUCCAGCAGAGCUCCUCCUCUCUGCACUCUGUGGAAAGGAGAGUGAGAUCAUGUUUAGGACUUGCAGUGGGUGAAAUCAGGGCAGACGUGGCACAACAAUGGGUUUAAGCACAUGCCUAAAGUUAAGCUCUUGCCUAGAAUGCCUGGAGGUUGAUCAUAUUAAAGUAAUUCUUGACAAUUAAAAUCAUAUGCUCAUGUUCUACUGAAUCAAGGCACUUCGGCAAGUUAUUUUACAGAAAGUCUGCAGGUACUGAAAUGACUGCUGAUUUUCAGUAAAAUAGCCAGGUAUUUUGCUAUCGCUGCUAGAGUUAAUUUACAUGACCCCAACUGCAAUUUUAUUUCCAAUCUAUCAAUAGCCUUAAGCAGCAACAUGAUGAUACAAAGUGAAUAAAUGCAGAAUUCAUGUCCUUACUUUAUAACAUCAAUCAUCUCAAAAAUUACCUGUUUACUCCUGUGCUAGCAUCCUCUGCCAAAAGCAAUCUGUAAAACUGUACAGCACAGCCUGAAAACCACUCGAGGUUGGCCCCAUUCAACACCUCAUGACUGAUGGAAGUCAGACAUUAACCCCACUCUACUUCCAUGAAAUCACAUUAAGAUAUAAGCUAAAUUAGACUGCAGGCAUGCUUUGAAGUGUGCCAAUAGUCACAGGCUUGAAACCAAGUCCACAGAUCAUGCCAGCACAGGCAGGAGGAGGAUUUGUGCUAAUUCUCUCAGUCAGGAGUUUGUAACUUUUUGAGAACUACCAAUCUUUGAAAAUCACUACAACAUGCUGAUGUACAGCCUUUUAUCCAUUCAGAAAUUAGGCUCUUUCCACCAUGUGUAUCUGCAUUAGUUUGGAGCGUACACACAAGGAGAAGAUGCUGUUCAUACCCCACAGCCUAUGUGAGGUCCUAAGCCCCUUUAUUUUCACUUGAGGAUGUUUACUCCAUAAACAAUCCCUACUGAUUUCCAUGUCCAGGAGAAAUGUAAGGGCUUUCAGCAGGAAGUCAGGCAAUCAGUGUAUUUGAAGUAGGAGGAUUAACAUUCUGUACUAUUUAGUGCAGUCAGAUUAAUUCUUGGCUGGGACAUUUUUCCCCUCUUCACCACAGGCCCAUACAGAGCCCGCUCUCUUUGAUAUGCCAGCCCAAAUCCAGAGUUAAGCCUGUCUAGAGCAAUGAUUUCAAACAAACCUUUCAUCAGUUCUUCCCCCAGAUCAUAUUUAAGGAAAUAAUAAAAUUACAGUGCAUUAAGCCUGAGAAAUAUUCUUAUUCCCUUUUUGGUUUUACACCCAUAAUGAGUCCUAGCUUUUCCUUUUACAUGUGCUAAAUAGUUUGAGAAACUAGCUAGGCCACUAUAAUUGCCAUCCCUCGUACCUCAGUGAUUAGGAUUGUGUUCACAUAGCUGGAAUGAUACUACUUUUCAGAUCCUUCUUACAAAAAACUCACUGAACAUUUCAUGGCAAAAACAAAUCAUGGCACAAAACAGUGAUGUGACGUCAAUCCAAAUACUCAAUUCCAAAUGUAACAGAAAGCCUAAAAGCUCUUCUAUUUUAAUGCUUGGGAUUUUGCCUACUGACAAGGUUUGUGGAAGUAACAAAAAAGUUUACAUUAUACAUGAAUAUUCAGUAAAGACUAGCCAAUAAAAGAUACUCUAUGAUGAUGCUUUCAGGAAAAGAAAUACAUGUAAAAUAGAUUGUUUUCUAAACCAGAUAAGUUUUUUCUAGAUGCCCUUUUGAAAGACAAAUACAAAUGUACUGCAGCGCGUGCAAUAAUUCUCAAAUAAUUUUAAAUACCUUUGGAGGGUUUUAUAGAAUUUGACUUUUUUAAACAAAAUGUACAAAAUCCACAGGAAUUCUGUAGAAUGGUUAUGUUGAUAGAAUUUUUUAUAUUUUUGUAGAAAUCUAUAGAGAAAUUGUUAAAAGUCUGUGCAGCAUCUUGGCAACAGAAGCAGCUCUUAUCUUCGAGUUUCUUUUCACAAACCUGGAGCCAGGCCUGCUCUGUUACAACACGUAGAGCGUAGUUUCAUAGCCUGCAUCCAGGUUGUGUUGGGGAGUCAGCAGCUAAGCUGAAGUUCCACGAUAUUGCAGUGCUAUUACUGUCCAAGAACUGUACCCACAUAAAACACACCCCUCCCCCCACCCAAAGCUCAGCCCCUGUCCAUGGUGAAGUAGUUGCAUGGCUCUCCAGCUCAUUCAAGCACACCAGCACUUUACUACUGUGGAUUUACUGUAUGCAGAUGCGAGGAGGAUAUUUUGUAAUUGCCAGUCUGAUACAAUGGGGGAAAAGAGACUGCAGAUAUGUCUGGAAAAACGUAAAUUCUGUUCUUGCAGCCCCUCGCACAUAGAAGUGAUUUUUCAAAACUUGGUUAGAGGUUUGUACUGUAGAUAUUUUAGAGAAGGACAAAGAAUGCUGUUUGUGACUUCUGUGGAUUGCACUUAGCACUAGGUGUAUUCAAGGAGAAAAUAAAAAAUGAGAAAAAAAAAAGCAUUACCACUGUAAAUUAGGCUAUGCCCAGUCUCCCCUUUUCUGCCUCUUUGGCUAUAAUAACCCAUGUACACUAUUACACAAGGUGAGUAGAGUAGGUGCAGUACCAUAGCAAUGUCCAUAACAACCUAGUAUAUAUGACAGAACUUUGUAAUUAAUAGUUAAUAUAUUGUUAUACUGUAUCAGGUAUAUAGGCCAGAACAAGGUGUUUUGGUCAGGGCAACAAAAGGUGGUACUCAUGGGGAAGAUUUGAUUUGGAUUUGAAAAUUGGAAAAAGGAUAAAAAGGAUAGGAAUUUUUUUUUAAGAAAAAAAAUAGAAAAAAGUGUAAAUCUUUACAACUGACAAAAACAAAUGUGUCCUAUUAAAAGCUUUUGAAAAGAAAAACAACAG